UAUUUUAGUGAUGUUGGUGCACUUAAAGGGACUGUUGAGUGACCAUCCAUUGAAAAGUUGAAAUUACUCCACCAUGGCUGUUUGUAUACAAAGGAGGCUCUGUCAAAGUAGGAAAAUACAAGUAGAGAGUUCGAAACCAUGGAGAUACGAGUACCUCCUCUCAUGUUUUCUUGGUUUCUUUUGUGUCUUUCUUUGUUUUUGGGAACCUCAGCACAAAGGUCUACUUAUAUUGUCCAUCUGGACAAAUCUUUUAUGCCUAAAAUCUUUGCUAGUCACCGCAAUUGGCAUUCUUCCAUUGUUGAUACCAUCAAGAUUGAAGUUCCCACUACACAAAAUGGCCACCAUCCAGUUCCAAAGCUUCUUUAUUCUUAUGACAAUGUCAUUCAUGGCUUCAGUGCUGUUUUGUCCAAAGAUGAAUAUGAGGCUCUCAAGAAGUCACCAGGCUAUCUUUCGGCUUACAAAGACAAACCUGUUGAAGCUCACACAACUCACACCUUUGAGUUUCUUAAGCUCAAUCCUGCUUCUGGGCUAUGGCCAGUUUCUGGUUUUGGUCAAGAUGUUAUCAUUGGUGUACUUGAUUCUGGUGUGUGGCCUGAAUCUGCCAGUUUCAGAGAUGAUGGAUUAUCUGAAAUUCCCAAGAAGUGGAAAGGAAUUUGCAAGCCAGGAACAAAGUUCAAUUCUUCAAUGUGCAACAGGAAACUCAUUGGAGCGAAUUAUUUCAAUAAGGGGAUUUUGGCUGAUGAUCCUAGUGUGAAAAUUAAAAUGAAUUCUGCAAGGGAUACUAAAGGUCAUGGCACACAUGUUGCCUCCAUUGCUGCCGGAAAUUUUGCUAAAGGAGUUUCAUAUUUUGGAUAUGCUCCUGGAACGGCAAGAGGUAUGGCGCCACGAGCUAGGAUAGCUGUGUAUAAGUUUAGUUUUGACGAAGGGACCUUCACUUCUGAUCUAAUUGCUGCUAUGGACCAAGCUGUCGCAGAUGGUGUUGACAUACUGACCAUUUCUUAUGGGUGGGUUGACAUUCCAUUAUAUCAAGAUUCUGUUGCAAUAGCUUCUUUUGGUGCCAUGAUGAAGGGUAUCUUAGUCUCUGCGUCAGCCGGAAAUUAUGGUCCUGAAAUGGGAACUUUAACCAAUGGAGUCCCCUGGAUCUUUACUGUGGCAUCAGGCAGUACUGACCGGUCAUUUUCUGGGACUUUAACUCUUGGGAACGGCUUAAAGAUUACUGGAUUUAGCUUGUUUCCAGUGAGAACCACCAUCAAGGAUUUUGCUUUGGUUUACAAUGGAAGUUUAUCUACUUGUGAUCAAUCUGACGAAUUAGCCCAAGUCCCUAAUGCUGCACGCAGCAUUAUGAUUUGUUAUAGCACUGCACAAGAAGACUUAUCAGUCUCUGAUCAAAUGGCGGCUAUCUCAGAGUCAAAAUUUGGAGGUGCAAUCUAUGUUUAUGGAGAUCCGGAUGUAUUGUCAGACAAUUAUUUUCCAAAUCCUGGAGUUGUAAUUAGCAGCAAGGAAUGGAAAAAGGUGAUAGACUAUGCCGACAAAAGUGUUAAACCAAAAGUCAGCAUCAGUUUCCAGGAAACACAUAUUGAUGUAAAGCCUGCUCCAGUUGUUUCUGCAUUUUCCUCUAGAGGCCCCUCUCUAAGUUAUCUGCGAGUUGCAAAGCCAGAUAUUAUGGCACCAGGAGAGUUAAUUCUAGCAGCCUGGCCAUCGAACGUUCCAGCUGCAACUAUUGGUCUGCAUAGUGAUUACCGCCUUGUAUCAGGCACUUCCAUGGCGGCUCCUCACAUUGCAGGAAUUGCGGCAAUGCUAAAAGGAGCACAUCCUGAUUGGAAUCCUUCAGCCAUUCGAUCUGCCAUGAUGACCACUGCUAACCCUUUGGAUAACACUGAAAAACCCAUCAAGACCACGGAUUACCUCGUUACCAGGGUUGCUACAUCAUUAGCCAUGGGAGCCGGACUCGUUGAUCCAAACCGUGCAGUUGAUCCAGGCCUGAUAUAUGAUGCCACUCCACAAGACUAUGUGAACCUUCUCUGCUCCAUGAAUCUCACAGAAGCGCAAUUCAAAACAAUUGCUAGAUCAUCAGCUAAGCACAACUGCUCAAAUCCAUCCGAUGAUAUCAAUUACCCAUCGUUUAUUGCUCUCUUUAACCCAUAUGGGAACUACACUUGGUUGGAACAGAAAUUCAGCAGGACAGUCACAAAUGUUGGAGCAAGUGCAGCUAAGUAUAAAGCAAAAGUGAGAGCACCAAAAAGCUCGAGAAUUUCUAUCUCUCCGCGGACCUUGGUGUUUGAGAAGAAAAAUCAGAAACAAGACUACACUCUGACCAUACGUUACAAAGGCAUUGCAGACGACCAAGCACAAUCUGGUUCAAUCACUUGGGUGGAAGAGAACGGUCAUCACACCGUAAGAAGUCCUAUAGUAGUAGCUCCAGCGCUUGAUGCCUGGACCUGAAAUGCUGCUCUUGGGGAGUUUGUAACUCUCCAAGAGAGUUCUGUUAAAGUAGAUGGAAGCGUUCUGGCAAAGCUUUUGCAUGUUUGAAGUAAUUGCUGAAUAUGUUUUUGGUUAUCAAUAAAGUAUGACUUUGUUGCUUUUAA